AUGCAGUCGACCUGCCAGCAGCAACAAGCUCAGCCAGGCCAAAACGGAACUUCCGCCAGCAGGACAUCGUUCCUCAUCGAGGAUAUCCUUAGUCGCGGCACCGUCAAUCCGCACACCCAUCAUCAUCAGCUGCAUCAUCAGCACUUGACGUCGACCCCCGGCCACGGACAGCACCAUCAGUAUCAGCAGUUCGCCAGUCUGCUCCCCGGUUAUCCCGCGGCACCACCCGCCGCGGCGGCCUUCUUCUUGGGUCCGCUCUUCGGUAGCGCUGGUAUGGGGGUCGGUGUGGUGCCAGGGGUCGGGGAACUAGCAGCUCUCAAGCAUUGCCGACGACGGAAGGCCCGGACCGUAUUUAGCGAUCAGCAGCUGGCAGGUUUGGAGGCGAGAUUCGAGGUGCAGAGAUAUCUAAGCACGCCCGAGAGAGUAGAGCUGGCGGCGGCGUUGCACUUGUCCGAGACUCAAGUGAAAACAUGGUUCCAAAAUCGACGGAUGAAGCACAAGAAGCAGCUGAGGAAGCUGAACACGAGCGGCAGCAGCAAUUCCAAUUCAGGCCAGCAAUCGAUAUCCGUUACGUCGCCCGCUGAGCGUCCCGUAGACUUUUCGCUGAGUGGCGGCCGCGAGUCGCGCGCGAGCAGUGACGCGCCCGCGGACUCCGACGACGAGGACGAUGACGAGAUCGAUGUGCUGGGUGAUGAAACGCCGUCGCCGACGGUGACGCCAACGGCGACGCCGACCCCGAUGCCGGCGCCGGCGCCGACGCCUACGCCCGCGGCUCCGACGCCGACCUUGACGUCGACGUCGACGGUUUCGACCCCGACGUCGACGCGUACCGGCACCCUGCCAUCUCUGUCCAGACGCGGCACCCCACCAAGGAUCCUCCACACGGCGAUUCAUCCGCAUCCGCACUCGCAUUCUCACCCGCAUCCGCACACGGUCGGCCUUCACCAUCAGCACGGCCAGCAUUCCGCCCAACGUCAGCAUCGCUGA